UGAGAAGACGCAAGCCAUCUCCGCCUCUCGCCUUCUUCAAUUCCCUCUCUCUUCCUCUCUCUCCUCCCUUUUCAAAAUCUCAACAACUUGACCCUCCAAAAAAAAAACCAUGGUCGGACCUUCUCUAAAUACCCACAACCUCUCCCUCAAACCCAACGCCGCCGCCGUCAAGUUCCUCUGCAGCUACGGCGGCAAAAUCCUCCCCCGCUACCCCGACGGCAUGCUCCGCUACCACGGAGGCCAGACCCGCGUCCUCGCCGUCGACCGCUCCAUCUCCUUCUCCGAGCUAAUGGUGAAACUGGUGGAGAUGUGCGGUACCUCGGUGAGUCUGAGGUGUCAGUUACCAUCGGAAGACCUGGACGCGUUGGUCUCGAUCACCUCAGACGAAGAUCUAGCCAAUCUCAUCGAGGAGUACGACCGAGCCGCGUCUCCCAAAAUCAGGGCGUUCCUCUCUCCUCUGAGAUCCGUCAAAAAGAUUUCUCCUCCCCCUUCCACCACCACAGCGGCGUCGCCGAAAUCUUCUUCGAUCUACUCCAUUGGCUCGCCUUCUAAGCUUUCAAACCAGUGCGUCCACCAGAUAGCCAAGCCCAUAGCAUCUCCGUACCGGUGUCCGUCGUAUCCGUACCCCCAGUGUUACGAUAAACUUGCCACCGGAAAGGUUCCUCAGUACUAUCAGGGAAACCCUACUAGGCCUGUCUACCUUGUUCACAACGGCAACCACUGGCAAUAACACUGCUUAAAUUCGAAGGACCUGGACUGGAAUUUUCAGUGGACGUUUAUAAAGUUGAAUGAAUAUAGUACUACUACUAGGUUUAAUCGAAGAAUCAAAAUCUAAUCCACAAAAGAGGGAUUGAGAUUUUAUAAUGGAUGUAAAAAAAAUGGACUGUAAAUUUUUUUCAUUAGGAUUGCUUUUUAUGAUCCGUGGCUUGAAAUGAAUGCAAUUGUUCAGUCCUAUUUUUUCGAUUU